CUUAACGACAUUUCCGUAAGGAAGCAGGAAAAAAGCAAAAUCCCAUAAUAAAUAAAUCUGGCAUUUCGCGGACUCAAAAUUCUGCCAUUUGUGGCAUUGGGAAGAGAAGACUCCUCACAAUCUCUUUGUUCAUCGAAUCAUCCCUAACGAAGAUUCCCAGAAACCAAACCCAUGUCUUCCCUUUUUUCCUCACAGGCCAGAACUUUUCCCACUCUCCAAAUAAAAUCAUUUCAACCUUUUUUUUCUUCACUACCCAUUUCCAAGAAUUUCAUCUCCCUCGUCGGAAAAUCUUCGUCGCUGCCAAAACCUGCGGCCAAGCGAUUCUUCUCGAUCAUGUCCACCGCGGAAUCUCCCAAUGGACUGCAAGGAUCAAGGGUUAAGGGAGGUGAAUCCUUUCUUAGGAAUGUUUUGGCGAGCAUGGAGGCAGUUUAUCUGAGUCGUAAUCCCACUGCAAAAGCCAUAUUGGAGCUUGUUCCAUCGGUUCAGAAUGAUACAAUUAGCUAUGAUCAUAUUGCAUUUAGGACUUUUGGGAUGAACGGGCAUGGCAUUGAUUCAUUAGCAAGCUUUUUUCUGGAUUUUGGAUAUACUCAAAGAGAAGAAUUAUCAUUCCCAGCAAAAAAGUUGAAAGCAUUAUGGUUUUCACCUCCCUCCAUUUCUAAUGCUGCUCAUUAUGAUGGUAAUGGAAUCAAUGGACCUCUGCCGAGAGUGUUCAUAUCACAACUUCUUGUGGAUCAGAUGAGUCAACAAACUCAGGAAAUAAUCAGAAAAUACACGGAAAGUUCUUACAAUGGGAAGAAGCAUGCUGCUCUGGCUAGUGCUCUGGGUUCAUUGACAUGGGAAAAGCCUUCGCAUUCAGAGUUUGUGCAAUUAGCGAGGGAGAGCGAAUAUGCUGCAUGGACUCUCGUGAAUGGUUAUGCACUUAAUCAUGUGACUAUUUCAACCCAUCGCCUGAAAUCUUAUCUGAAAAAUAUCAAAAACCUCAAUCAGUUCAUCGAAGAGAAUGGUUAUAAACUGAAUUCUGAAGGUGGUGUUUUGAAAGUAAGUCCGGAUGGUCUUCUACUGCAAAGUUCAACCCUUGCGGAUUCGGUUUCUUUUGAAUUUUCUGAUGGCAUUACUGCUUCAGUCCCCUGCUCGUACAUUGAGUUUGCCGAGCGUUUGGUACUGCCUCAGUAUAAGCAUAUUCCACAAACAGAGGUGAAAGAGUACCACAGAAGGGAUGGUUUUGAAGUAGGAAAUGCUGAUAAGAUCUUUGAAAGUACAUCCAAACAGCAGCAAAGGGCAAAGCUUGAAACCAAAUUGCUACAAAGGAAGGGCACUUAGAGGUUUAAAUGAGAUGUGGAAGCAGGAACAAUUCCAAACCCCUAAAAUUAGUUCUCAAUUUGAAUGAUGGGUGCUAAUCUUAGGAGUGUAUCCGAUUGCCAAUUCUAUCUAUACUUGUGUAUAGCUGAAAUACUUACUAAUAAGAUAUUGAAUAAUCUAACCUCCACCUAGCAUGUGGACCGAACUGGAACAUUGUUUUUGUAAGACCUACACAUCAAUGAGUAGUUUCAUCUGUGGAAGUCGAAAAAGUAUUAAUGAUACUGUGAUAUUAAGGAAGAAAAGUCCAAAAGGAAAAGCUGUACACAAAUACUCGGCCAAUUCAAGAAGCAA